GUUCGCACUGCGCAGUCGUCUGCUGGGUAGGUGGGGUGUGCUGUGUGCAUGUAGUGGUCGGGAUUGCGUAUUGACUGCUGUGUAGCUAGUAGGCUGCGUAUACCGGCAUUGCUGUAUUCUCUUCUGGACACUUAAGUGGAUCUCACUUUUUGCUGCUACUACUACCUCUACUGCCGUUAGAAAGAAACUAGAUAGCCAUGAGUACACCGGUGAAAAAGGUGCCGCUACAUCUUCAGAGUGCCCAGAACAGGUUACUUAUCAAGCAUGGAAAGAUUGUCAACGUGGAUUCUGUGGUGGAUGGAGACGUUUACAUUGAAGAUGGAGUAAUAAAGCAAGUUGGCAGCAAUCUGAUAAUUCCUGGUGGUACAAGAAUAAUUGACGCUCGUGGAAAGUACGUAAUACCUGGAGGUAUUGAUCCGCACACGCAUUUAGAAAUUGAGUUUAUGGGUGCAAAGUCUGUUGAUGAUUUCUACCGAGGGACAAAGGCUGCUAUAGCUGGAGGAACUACUAUGAUCAUUGAUUUUGCUCUACCCAAGAAAGGCCAGUCACUACUUGAAACAUACCAGAAAUACAGAGAAUCAGCAGAUGAAAAAGUCUGUUGUGACUAUGGUCUACAUGUUGGAGUCACCUGGUGGUCAGACAAGGUUCGAGAAGAAAUGGAAAUUCUUUGUAAACACCAUGGAGUAAACUCCUUCAAAACAUUUAUGGCUUACAAAGAUGUUUUCAUGCUGGGUGAUUCUGAAUUAUUUGAAGUAUUUGAAAGGUGUAAAGAGCUUGGAGCAGUAGCAUUGGUUCAUGCUGAAAAUGGUUCCAUCAUAGCUAAGAAAGCACAACAAUUGUUAGCCGCUGGCAUUACUGGUCCUGAGGGGCACCAGCUGUCAAGGCCAGAACCAGUCGAAGCAGAAGCUGUUGGCAGAGCAUGCGUCAUUGCUAACCAGGUGAAUUGUCCCCUGUACGUAGUGCACGUAAUGAGUAAGCCAGCAGCAGACGUGCUGGUGCAGGCACGCAAUGUCUCUUCUGCUCCUGGGCAGAGCCCAGUAUUUGGGGAGACACUGGUGGCUGCCCUUGCGUCUGAUGGCAAGCAGUACCGCCACACGUGCUGGUAUCACGCUGCUGCACAUGUUGUUAGUCCUCCCCUUUCUCCUGACGCUGACACCAAGAACCAUCUCCUUCAUCUUCUGGCCGAAGAUGGACUUCAGCUUGUUGGCAGUGAUAACUGUACAUUUAGUCUGGACCAAAAAGCUAUGGGUAAAGAUGACUUCACUAAAAUUCCAAAUGGUGUAAAUGGUGUUGAAGACAGGAUGUCAGUAGUGUGGGAAAAGGGUGUCCACUCUGGAGUCAUGGAUGUAAAACGUUUUGUUGCUGUCACCAGCACAAAUGCAGCAAAAAUAUUUAAUAUUUAUCCUAGGAAGGGAUGUAUUGCUGUUGGUUCUGAUGCUGACAUUGUUGUUUGGGACCCAGUGAAGACAAGAGUUAUUUCUGCUAAAACUCAUAAUCAGGCUGUCGAUUUCAACAUCUUUGAGGGAAUGGAAUGUCAUGGUGUUCCAGAAUAUGUAAUAGUUAAUGGAAGAGUGUGUGUUGAUGAAGGUGAUUUGAAGGCUGUUCAAGGUUUUGGGAAAUUUGUUCCAACACCAGUGUAUUCGGAAUAUGUUUAUGAGAAGGUUAAACAUGCCGAAGAGGAUGCAACUUUGAAUGCAGUGUCAGUACCCGCAGUUGUAACAAAAAUGAAUGAACUCAAAUUAGAUAUUGCAGUUGAAAAUGGUGGAAUUCUUUUGGAGCCAAAACUGGCUGAUGAAGCACCUGUGUCCCCAUCAGCUGAAGCAUCACUCACGAGUUGCCCAUCAAGUAAGGGACAACGUAAUCUGCAAGAUUCAACCUUCUCAAUAAGUGAGGAGCUCGAUGACACUGCAAGGAAGUCCUGCAUCAGAGUGAAGAACCCCCCUGGUGGACAGUCAUCUGGUGGGUUUUGGUGAAGCAGUGCGAUUCUGUGCACGUAUUGGCAGCUGAUAUUUUGGUUAUGUUGUGCAGCAGUGCCUGGCAGCUGGAGUGAUAAUUGUUCAGAUACUUCAUGUGUAAAAUUGUAUGCUGUUGCUUUUUAAAAUUGGAAUUGUAAGGAGACGUUCCAGCUAUAUCUAGCUUGAAGUAAGCCACAGAAGAAGAAAGUGUAAGUUGAUUGUUGUGUGGGUACUUUUUCAUAGUGGUGCUUUGAAGAUAAGUUUAAUAUGGUUGGUUUUGUUGUAAAUGUUGUUUGUUAACGUUCUGCCCACUGCAUUGUACCAAUUAAAAGCUCAUUAUUCUAAUUGUUAUGCAGUAAUGUUUUAAUUAUUCUCUUGUAAUGCUUGUUUGCAUCUGAAGCUGUUAUAAUUACAGAAGCUGGAAACAUUGUUUCAGUACUCUUUAAGUGUAGCUUUCUUACAAUGAUAUUGAGCAACUCUUCUACUCAGUAUUCAGAAAUACUUUGUCAGAGUGACAGAAGUCUUGGCCAUGUAUGUUGUACGAUUGCUGAAAUGUAUGGAGUUAACAGAUUAACACUGCCUGUUUUUAUGAGCACAUUUUGGUAUACAGUAAUUGUUGUGCAUUAAAAGUUGUGUAGAAAAAUACUUAGAAGUAAAUUGCAUAUAUGACUGUAAUAGAAUAAAAAUUGUUUCAUAAUGAUUUGUAUGCCAUGUAAGCACAGUUUCUCGAGAAAAAAUGUCUUAAUGAUGUUUGAAUGUUAAUCAAAUGAAUGUAUGUGACGACUGUUGUUUCUUCAUAUUGAUGGCACAGUGAAUAGAACUUACUGUGGACAUUUUAAUUUAUUUUGCUUUAUCAAUUAAUAAAUUUCUUUAAUCUUA